AUGAGCCAUCCACUACCUUUUCAGGCUGUUAUUCUUGGAUACUGCGCUCGUUGGAAGCUCCAGCUGUAUGGCCAGAAGUGGAGCAAAGAAGCACAAUUCCAUAUGGAGCAAGCUGUAGCAGGCAUUGAGAAAGCAUUGAAAGGCUCCACAGCGAUCAAUGGUGAUAGUCUAGCAAUGGCUUUGACCGGGAUGGCGCUACAGGAGGAGAGAUUUGGCAGUAAAGAAAAUGCGGGGAGAUACGUGGACCAAGCUGUCCAAAUCCUCCGCUCCCGAGCUGGAUCCAGCAAUGUUGUUGAAGUUUUCUUGCACUAUGUGCGAUACCUUAUGAUCCCUCCUCAUAAUUCUACAACUAGUGGAGAAGGCCAGCAAUGGCUGGCUACAUUUCUUCGCGGGGCAGAAGAACUCAUGCUGGAGCACAGGACGAAGGCUUAUCUGUCGGCUGUUCCUCAGCGCUAUGCUGCAUUCCAGAUGGACGGUCCUCUCUUUCCGCUACUUUCCAGCGGGCCGCGUCCAUCACAAAUCCCUGAAGAUUCACGGAUAUAUGUUGUCUUGGGGGUACCAACCCACGAACUCACUCGCACAGCAGCUUUAAUCUAUAUUACGAAAACGCUGUGGGAUUUCCAGGACUCCCCGAGCAAAACCGGACGCUUCCUUGAUCAUUUGUGCAAUAUAGUCAAAAACCACGAGCUCGAUAAAUAUCCGGCAUGCGAGACUUUUCUGUGGCUGUUACUGGAGGAAGGAUGUGAUUGGGAUAUAAAAGACUCUGAACGAGGAUGGUUCACUGGCGAGCUGCUGAAAAUGCACAAACAGCUCCGACCGGACCUUCAAUUUCAUUUCAACGAAAUCCUGUUUAGCCUUCUGAUGCUAGUCCCUCCUAUCAGAGGCAUCGAUAUAUUCGAAGAGGAGCAGUAUUCUUCAAUGCUCAAGACCUCGGAGAUUUUUUAA